AUGGGUAUAAAGGCGGCCGGUGUCGGAACUUACGAGAAUUUAGCCCUGGUAACCCCAUCCACAAAGUUGGUCAAAGCCUUGACCUUCUUCGAAGGCGAGCGCGUUUCUGCGCUGCCCGUUGUGGACUCCGUCUCCACACGCCGGCUGCUCGACAUCUUUGCGAAGUUUGACGUCAUUACUCUUAUCUUGGCGGGAAUGUACAAGAAGAUGGACAUGACCGUGCAGGACGUCUUGGACAUAUGUAAGUAUCAUCGUCUAAUAAUUGUGGACAACCAUCAGGACUGUCGCGUUGAAGGGGUGGUCAGUAUUUCGGAUCUCCUCUCCUAUAUGGUCCUGGGACAAUCCCACUCUCAGACUGCCAGCCUGACGCUGAGCACGGAGGCUGUGAAGGCCAUCCUCCCAGACUGGCAGUUCCUUAGUGAAGACACAGAGCCGGUAGGUGAAGUCAAAAAGCGACCUCUUUUGCCCUUCGAGGAGCAUGAAGAAGUCAGUGCAGACGCGGAGUCAGACACCAACAGGCAGUCUCCUCUCCUGCCCAAG